AUGACUGUGGGUUUGAUAAGUGUAUUGAAGCAUAUUAUAUUAAAUAAAUACUCAUAUGCUGAUUUCAGAUUCCAUUAUCGCAUUUCUUCUAUUAAUAAGAAGUGGGGACAGAAUCAAAUUUUGGUGACAUCUCCGAUCUUUCUAGAUUGUUCUUAUCCAAUCAAAAGUGAAAUGCCAGAUGUAAGCGGUAAUCACGUGAGCAAAGUCAGAUUUAUGUUUUCUUUAAAUAUUCCUCGCUUUUCUAUUCCAUCCUCAGUUUCUGUAAGGACGGAAGUGUAUUGUUUAUAUAUAUUCCUAUUGAUACAAUUCAUCAUGUAUUUCACCGUAAUAUUAAUUAUUAUUCUAACAAUUUUAUUUGGAUUAUACUAUGGAAUAGUAGAAUACUUUUUAAAUAAAUUACAUACGUUUAAUAUUAUCAACGGCAUUCCUGGACCAAAAGCAUUUCCUAUAAUAGGAAAUGCUCAUCUGUUUAUUGGUGACACAACAGCUAUAUUUAAACAAAUAAUAAAUCUUGGUAAGAAUUAUCAAUUACUGUGGCGUGUAUGGAUAGGCGCGAAAUUACUUGUAAUAGUGGAAAAUCCUGAAUAUAUCAAGACUGUAGUCAAUAGUCCAAAUAUUACUGAUAAGAGCGAGGAAUAUGAAAAAUUGAAACCUGUUGUGAGCAAUGGAUUGUUAACUGCUCCAGCAUCAGUAUGGGAUUCACAUCGAAAAGUUUUAAAUAAAAUGUUCCUUAUGAAAAAUAUAAAGUCACAUAUAGAUGUAUUUAUUAAUCAUUCUAUCGCAUUAAUGGAAAAAUUGGAAACUUUUGUUGGAGGAGAAUUAGACAUUUUUGAUUAUGUCUUUCGCUGUACUUUGGAUAUAAUAUAUGAUGUCACGCUGGAUACGCAACUAAAUUCGCUGACAAAUCCGGAUUGUAAAUUAGCUGAAUCAAUAAAAUGUUUGAUGGAUAUAUCAAUAGAAAGAAUCGUUAAAUUAUGGUUACAUCCGAACAUAAUUUUUUAUAACACUGCUAGUGGAAUGAAAUUUCAGGCGUGCGUGGCUUGUCUGGAUAACGUAACAAACAGGAUGAUGAAAGAGAAAAUGGAAUCUAUGUUAACAAGUAAAAUUAAUCGGGAAUUGACGACGGAAAAAUUAGGACAAAAACAGAAGACACUUUUCGAUUUUUUAUUCGAGCUUUCAAACGAAGGAGAAGUAUAUACGGAGAAAGAUAUUCGCGAUGAAAUGAAUACAAUAAUUAUAGCUGGAAGCGAAACUUCAGCCACAACCAUUAGCUUUGUCCUCUUAAUGCUUGCAACAUUCCGGGAAAUUCAAGACGAAGUAUAUGAGGAAGUUAAUCGAAUUUACUGCUCGGACGAUCCAAAAUAUGUUCCAAUGACAUAUAAUGAUAUUAAAAUUAUGAAACUUUUGGAACGUGUGAUAAAGGAAAUAUUACGUCUAUUUCCUGCAGGUCCUGUUUUCGGCCGGAAAGUAACGCAUGAUAUAAAAGUUACUAAAAAUUGGACUAUACCGAAAGGAUGUUCAGUAUUAUUUUUCAUCUAUAAACUACAUAGAAGUGCGAAAUAUUGGCCACGGCCAUUAGUAUUUGAUCCCGAUAGGUUCCUACCGGAAAGGAAUUGUUCUACGUAUUACUUUCCAUUUAGUUACGGUCGAAGAAAUUGCAUAGGUCAACAUUUCGCUAUAAUAGAGGUGGCAACAGUAAUCGCUUUGCUGAUAAAAAGAUUUUUAAUUAAAAUAAAUAAUCCAAUAGGAAUUGCAGAAAUAGGUUUAAAGAUAAGCCUCACAUUAAAACCGGCAAAACCAAUAAGAUUAAAAUUUGAAAGAAGAAAUUAAUUAAAACAUAUAAUAUGCAUGCAUGAAUAUAUAUAUAUAUAUUCAGAUAUAUUAGAAGAACUAAGAGAGAUCUUAAAGGCAGCAUUUCAACCCUCAAGGUCUGUGAAUUACUACAAAGGCUUACUCAGUAGCACUUAUAAGAAAUAUAUAUAUAUAUAUUUAAUACAUAAUUAAUAU